CCAUAAUCGGCAAUUCUGUGAGCAUAAACGAUAUUACCAAAACCAGUUCCAUCUUCGCUUCGUUCCCCGUCCCCCGAAAUUACCGCAGUUUUCUGUUCAUUUCAUCUCUCUAGGCGGAGCUGAUGGGCAGGCCACCGAGCAACGGGGGUCCUUCUUUCCGAUUCAACCCUACCGAGGUUGCUGAGAUGGAGGCUGUUUUGCAAGGACACAAUACUCAAGUGCCUGCUCGUGAAGUUCUUGUGUCUCUCGCUGAAAAAUUUAGUGCUUCACCCGAGAGACGUGGAAAGUUUGUGGUUCAGAUGAAACAAGUAUGGAAUUGGUUCCAAAAUAGGCGAUAUGCUAUCAGAGCUAAAACAUUUAAGGCUCCCACUCCUCCCAGUAAAGUUACUGCUCCUGUCAUGCCUCAAAGUGAACCAACUAUUGUAAGAACAGUCCCUCAAGCUCCCCAACCUUCCCCCCAUGUGGCAGUGAGACCAAUGACCCAAGCUCAUCAGGGACCUCAAGCCAUUGCUGCCCCUUCAGCAAGUGCAGGCAGGAAUGGUUCAGAUAACUCGCAAAUGGAGUUUGAAGCAAAAUCAGCAAGGGAUGGUGCAUGGUAUGACGUGUCAAAAUUUCUCUCACAUAAAUCCAUGGAAACUGGAGAUCCCGAAGUCCUUGUUCGAUUUGCUGGGUUUGGAUCAGAAGAGGAUGAGUGGGUUAAUGUUCGCAAAAAUGUUAGGCAGAGGUCUCUUCCCUGCGAAUCAUCAGAAUGCGUAGCAGUUCUACCAGGAGAUCUAAUCCUCUGCUUCCAGGAAGGUAAGGAGCAGGCUCUUUACUUUGAUGCACAUGUCCUUGAUGCUCAAAGGCGGAGGCAUGACAUAAGAGGAUGCCGGUGUCGCUUCUUGGUCCGCUAUGAUCACGAUCAAUCUGAGGAAAUCGUUCCUCUGAGGAAGAUUUGCCGUCGGCCUGAAACUGAUUAUAGGUUAGAGCAACAAAAUGCCGAUUCUGCCAAGCAGUCAAAAACCAGUAAUGAUCCAAUUCAGACAGCCAACACUUCUUCACGGGUAGUCUGUGCUCCAACAGGUGAAGCAGCACAGAAACCACCACCACCAUCAGCCAUCAUAUUAUCUUCCAAGACAACUGAACCGAUGGCCAAAAAGAUGAAGACGGAUGUGCAUUUGUCUGCUUCAGCUCAAGUUGAUGUCUCUGCCUCUACAUUGAAGCACCCUAAGGCAGUGGAGCAACAAAAUACAUUUAUAGAUUCUCAAAUUCGCAAUACCGUAAAGGUGUGUCCCCCAGCAGAACCCCCCAAAAGAUUUACACCUUCGGCUGAACCAACAUUAUCACCUUUGGCUGAACCAGCAUUAUUGCCUCAAGCCGGACCAACAUUAUUGUCUCAGGCCGAACCACCACCUACGGCUGAACCAGCAUUGCCACCUACAAAUGAACCAGCAUUGCCGCCUCCAGCUGAACCAGCAUUGUCACCUCCGGUUGAACCAGCAUUGCCGCCUCGUGCUGAACCAACAUCAUUGCCUUCUGCCGAACCAACACUUUUGUCUCCAACCAAUCCACCAUUAAUUCCCCUGUCCGAAUCAACAUUGCCACUUGCGGUUGUACCAGAUGAGCCAGCAUUGCAGCUUCCGACUGAACCAGCAUUGCCUCCUCCAGCUGAAUCAGCAUUGGCGCCUCCAGCUGAAUCAGCAUUGACGCCUCCAGCUGAAUCAGCAUUGGCGCCUCCAGCUAAACCAUCUAUGCCGCCUCCGGCUGAACCAGCAUUGCCGCCUCCGCCUGAACCCACUUUACCGCCUCCGCCUGAACCCACUUUACCGCCUCCGCCUGAACCCACUUUAUCGCCUCCGGCUGAACCCACUUUACCGCCUCCGGCUGAACCCACUUUACCGCCUCCGGCUGAACCCACUUUACUGCCUCCGGCUGAACUCACAUUGCCUUCCGUCAAACGAGCAUUGACGUUUCCGGCCGAACCAGCAUUGAUGCCUUCCGCCGAACCAGCAUUGACGCCUUCCGCCGAACCAGCAUUGACGCCUUCCGCCGAACCAGCAUUGACGCCUUCCGCCGAACCAGCAUUGACGCCUUCCGCCGAACCAGCAUUGACGCCUUCCGCCGAACCAGCAUUGACGCCUUCCGCCGAACCAGCAUUGGCGCCUUCCGCCGAACCAGCAUUGGCGCCUUCCGCCGAACCAGCAUUGGCGCCUUCCGCCGAACCAGCAUUGGCGCCUUCCGCCGAACCAGCAUUGGCGCCUUCCGCCGAACCAGCAUUGGCGCCUUCCGCCGAACCAGCAUUGGCGCCUUCCGCCGAACCAGCAUUGGCGCCUUCCGCCGAACCAGCAUUGGCGCCUUCCGCCGAACCAGCAUUGGCGCCUUUCGCCGAACCAGCAUUGGCGCCUUCCGCCGAACCAGCAUUGGCGCUUCCGGCCGAACCAGCAUUGGCGCUUCCGGCCGAACCAGCAUUGGCGCUUCCGGCCGAACCAGCAUUGGCGCUUCCGGCCGAACAAGCAUUGGCGCUUCCGGCUGAACCAGCAUUGGUGCUUCCGGCUGAACCAGCAUUGACGCAAGAUGAUGUUAUGAUAGAUAGUCUUAUGCUACCGGGUGAGCAAAUUUAGCGAGCAACAUGCUCAUUAUGGAGCACGUAGAUGUGAUCAGUGGCGGACACAGGGGGUGACAAAGGGGGCUGCUGAGUGCUGCUCCUCCCAAAAAAAAUUCUAAGUAUAUUUACCCCGAAAUUUUAAAUGUAUAUGUAUUUGUAUGUAUAUUUUUGUACUCGCCCUUAUUACCGGAAAUUCCUGCGUCCACCGCUGAAUGUGAUGAAGGAUAAAGUGAAACUAUUUCUACCAGUCACCUCGUCGAUGUGAUGAAGGAUGAAGUGAGAGCAUCUCCACCACACGUUAUGCUAAUAUGCUUCACAGUGAACUUAUUGCAUAUUCUUCCACAGUAAUACGAAGGUAUAUCAUUUAUCUUUUUUACGCUUGAAGAUGAAGAUGGAUAUGUUGCUUUACGCUAAUGUACAUGAUAUUGAAAGUAUCUUACGCGUUAAAUACAUUUUAGAACAUUAUUCCGGUCCCAUGUGGACAACUUUAAGAUAUCAUACAUUUUUUUAGGAAACGUCUUUACAUUAAAUUCCAUGUAGCCAAAAUUUGAGGAACUUGAAUUUUCAUCA